AGCGAUAGCUUCUGAGUGGUACCUUGGUCGUUGUUUAUAUACCACUUUGAUUUUGGCCAGUUCCUGCAUCCUAGUUAGGCACCGGCUGUGCCACGCUUCGUGUUCGCCGUGGCAUGCGGCGCACUUCCGGGGUGUAGCCGUGUUACUUUUCGAGGGGCACUCUUGGGUUAUAUGUUCUUGCGCACAGUAGCCAUAUGUUAUUGUUGCCUUGCACUAGGUUCCUAUAUGGCUGUAUGCGUGGCAUCUGAAGCAUUAUCUUAGAUGGCACUGUCUAUUGUAUUGUUUGCAUUAGAAAACCUUACUUCACUAGAUGAGUCCUUUAUUAAUAAGUUUAUUAGCAUCCUCUACCUUAUCAAACUUAAUAAUAAUAGAUAAGAUAGACUUUAUAGUAGAGGAUCUAGUUAACUAUUUAAUGUAUUUAAUCUCUGCAGUGGGGAUAAAGGCUUUAUUAUCCUGCAGUAGUUCAUCUCAGAGUUCCAUAAAGAGUUCCAUAUCUAUUAAACUAGUUUGUAUACCAUAUACUAGAAUUCCAUAGGUUAGGAUCCACACCAUAGCACUAUUGCCUAUUCAGUGUUCCCAGUCCUCCGCGAACUGUUAUAUCUGAGGUAGUGGCUGUUUUGAUACUCAGGUCGCCACUUUUCAGUUAAUUCGCAGACACAGUCUUUAGUUUACAGAUGUGCUCAUUACUGCUCUGUUCAAUGGCGCAGUCUAUGUGCACCUUGAGGUUACAGGUGUUCAUGGCUCUAAUACUAGCAAUAGUGAUAAGAUCUCUAAUGUUUAUAAUGACCUCACGUAGGAUUUAAAUUUAGAACGGUCUUUAGUUCUGUAAGUUAUGCAUGCUUACUAUAAGUCCUCCUCUGGUGGCUACACUGGCAUAAGACUGUGCGGCGCUCCCCUGAUUCAUCGGCCCUAGUGCUUGUAUAUCCCUCACCAUCUUAACAAUCAGCUCACUAGCUUUCAGUGCCUCCUUAGCGGCUGUGUUAGUGUCCUUGUUAGUGUUAGUAUUCUCCUUGAUUUCAGCUGUGUUUUACUGGAUUACGAUUCUAAUACUACUCGUGGUUCAGGUAGUAUUCUCAUCCUUUUACUAUAAUAAAGGGG